GAUAAGUUUGCUUUAUAAUUUUUUAAUCGAAAAAAAACGCACUAAAACUAAAAUUUAUCAAAAAUGUCGAAACUACUGCUGUUUGCUGUGGCUUGUUUGAUCGUGCCGAGCAGCUUCGGCCAGUUGGAGGUGCAAAAGUGCAAGAAAGGAUCCAUUCCCACCAAGCUGGUUAUCGAGGGCUGCUCCAAAGCUCCCUGCACCAUUGUGAACGGGCAGAACUUGAAGUUUAGUGCCGAGUUUAUCAAUCCCACUGCCACCAACACACUGAAAGCCAAAGUGAUCCCCCGGCUUGCUGGACUCACCAUCCCGUACGAGCUUCCGAAAGAGCACCAGGACGGCUGCCAGAAGCUGAACAACGCCAAGUGUCCGCUGGAGGCCAACCAGCGCAUCGAGGCGUCCGGCGACGUCCCGGUGGAAUCGCCGGUGAGCAACGUCAAGAUCAACAUCGAGUUUCAACUGCACGCGGACUCGGGCAUCGCCGUCUGCUUCAAGAUCGACGCCAAGGUUGUUAAUAAAUGAGCAAAGAUUAUCUGUGAA